GCGGCGGCGCUGGGAGCGGGUCCGUGGUGCGGAGUCCGGCGCAGCUUCCUGGUCGCGUGCGGGGAGCCCGGCACCUGCUCGGCGCGGCCCGCGGGAGAGAGGCGCCCCGGGCCGGGAGCAGCGGGGCGGCGCUGCCCCAUGGUGCGGCAGGCUAUUCAGCAAUAGUUAUGAACUCCCGGUUACGAGCGUUAGGUGGGAGGAUAAAUAACAUACGAGCAUCAGAACUACCAAAAGAGAAAACCCGAUCAGAGAUCAUCUGUAGUGUCCACUUUUUGGAUGGCUCAGUACAAAGCUUCAAAGUCAAUAAACAAGAUACUGGUCAGGUUUUGUUGGAUAUGGCCUACAACCACUUGGGUGUGACAGAGAAGGAAUAUUUUGGUUUACAACAAAGUGAAGAGUCAGUAGAUUCCCCUCGAUGGCUCGAAUCAAGCAAACCUGUUAGAAAACAGCUUAAAGGAGGUUUUCCCUGCACCAUCCAUUUUCGAGUAAGAUUUUUUAUACCCGAUCCCAACACACUGCAGCAAGAACAAACCAGGCAUUUAUUCUUCUUACAACUGAAGACAGAUAUUUUGGAAGGAAGGUUGUUAUGCCCUCUUAAUUCUGCUGUUGUCCUUGCAUCUUAUGCCGUACAGUCUCAGUUUGGAGACUAUAACUCUUCAGUACAUCUUUCAGGAUAUCUCUCAAAUUAUUGCUUCAUACCAGAUCAGAACGAAGAUUUUUUAACCAAAGUAGAAUCACUACAUGAACAGCACAGUGGUCUCAAGCAAUCUGAAGCAGAAUCCUGCUAUAUAAACAUAGCACGAACCCUUGAAUUCUAUGGAGUAGAAUUACACAGUGGUAGAGAUCUACAUAAUCUAGAUUUGAUGAUUGGAAUUGCUUCAGGAGGUAUUGCUGUGUACAGAAAAUUUAUUUGCACAAGUUUCUAUCCCUGGAUGAACAUAUUAAAAAUUUCCUUUAAAAGGAAAAAAUUUUUUAUACAGCAACGGCAAAAACAUAAUGAAUCCAGAGAACAUAUAGUUGCCUUCAACAUGCUAAAUUACAGAGCAUGCAAAAAUCUAUGGAAAUCUUGUGUAGAGCAUCACACGUUUUUUCAGACAAAGUCAUCACUACCUCAUGAAAGAAAGAUAUUGUCCCAUUAUUGGACCUUUGGUUCUAGAAACCCAACAAAGUCUGUAAACAGCCACUACUGCAGAAAAGUCAUAGGUGGGAUGGUAUGGAACCCAACUAUGAGGAGAUCUUUAUCUGUUGAACAUCUAGAGACCAAAAGCCUGCCUUCUCGGUCUCCUCCUGUUACCCCUACUUGGAGGAGUCCUAGACUACGUCAUGAGAUUCGUAAACCACGACACUCAUCUGUAGACAACCUUACAAAUGAGAUUGCGUAUAUUACAGAAACAGAGGAUGUUUUUUACACAUAUAAGGGUUCUCCAACAUCAAAGGACAGUGAUUCAGAGUUCUCCCAGAACCGCAGUCCACGGAGGAGGUCAUCUGAACAAGAAUCACCAAAGAAUGUACUGGAAAAUAGUCCAACACAGAACUGUCUGACUCAUACCUCACCUGUUGCCUUGUCCCAGUCUCCCAAUGGAGUUGGUAACUUUUCAGGCUCUUAUCCAUUGGAUGGGGUGGACAAACAGUUUUUAGAAACAUAUGACAAUGUCACCAAAGGGAGCUUAACAGAAGAUUCCAGUCAGUACUACUGUGAUAAGAAUGAAGUAAUUGAUGGAGAUUUGCUUUUGGUGCGAAUCACUCCAGAUGAAGAUGGGAAAUUUGGAUUUAAUCUGAAGGGUGGUGUUGAUCAAAAAAUGCCUUUGGUGGUGUCAAGAAUAACUCCAGGAUCAUCUGCUGAUACAUGUAUUCCAAAACUGAAUGAAGGUGAUCAGAUAGUGUUAAUCAAUGGUCGAGACAUCUCAGAGCAUACUCAUGACCAAGUGGUAAUGUUUAUAAAAGCCAGCAGAGAACUGCACACAAGAGAGCUUGCACUUCUGGUCAGGCGGAAAGUUGCUAAACCCUUGGUUGAGACCAAGUCAGAAGAUGAAGCAGAUUCCCAGAAUUUUCUAGAAUCCAUUAUUCGCACGUAUUCAGAGUACGGUGACACACUAGAGGAGUCUAUGGAACAACUGAAGAAAGGUCUGGAAAGUGGGACAGUACUCAUUCAAUUUGAGCAACUUUAUAGAAAGAAGCCAGGGCUGGCUGUUACGUGUGCAAAAAUACCUCAAAAUAUGGACAAAAAUCGAUACAAAGAUGUUCUACCUUAUGACGCCACACGGAUAAUAUUGCAGGGAAACGAAGAUUACAUAAAUGCAAACUAUGUGAAUAUGGAAAUUCCUUCUGCUGGCAUUGUGAACAGAUAUAUCGCCACUCAAGGUCCUCUUCCACAUACCUGUGCACACUUCUGGCAGGUAGUCUGGGAUCAUAGGUUGUCGCUGAUCAUCAUGUUGACAACCCUCACCGAACGAGGACGGACCAAAUGUCAUCAGUAUUGGCCUGAUCCACCAGAUAUAAUGGAGUAUGGAAACUUUCGUGUCAAAUGUCAAUCUGAAGAUUGUACUAUUGCCUAUGUUUUUAGGGAAAUGGUGAUUACAAAUACUGAGACAGAGGAAGAGCACACCAUCACCCAUCUCCAGUAUGUUGCUUGGCCUGAUCAUGGUGUUCCUGAUGACUCCAGGGACUUUUUGGAGUUUGUCACCUGUAUGAGGCCAAAGAGAGUAGAGAAUGAACCGGUCCUUGUUCAUUGCAGUGCUGGAAUAGGCCGCACUGGUGUAUUGGUCACUAUGGAAACAGCUAUGUGCUUAAUUGAAAGAAACCAACCGGUUUAUCCACUGGAUAUUGUACGAAAAAUGCGAGACCAGCGAGCUAUGAUGGUGCAAACAUCAAGUCAGUACAAGUUCGUGUGUGAAGCUAUUCUUCGUGUUUACAAGGAAGGAUUAGUUCGACCACUGGAUUCCAGUUAAUACACCUGUGAAAGGAUCAAUUUCAUCUUCUAAAAACACCGGUUGUCAUAAAGCAAGGGUCUCAUUUCUGUAAGUGACUAGAGAAUUCAUCAAAAGCGCAUGGGAAGUCAGAUGAGCACAUGUGAGCUGUGGCACUUUAAAUUGCCGUAGAGGAUUACUAAAUCAUGCACAGUAUAUAGGAGACAUGUAUAUAUGUAUAUGAGAGUAGUUGUGCAUAAUGUGCAUUAUAUACAUACUGAAAAGAAAUAAUCAAGGAAACUUUAGUACAUAACCUGCAUCUUUUACUGCUGUAAAAACAAGUUUUCCUCUAGAAUUUAUUUUAACUCUGGUGUUUACCAUUCUAAAAUACAAAAGGAAAACCAGCAGUAUUAAUAAAAAAAAAAAAAAGUGCCCCAGUUAAUGAGGCAUUGAGUGUCUUCAUCUCCUAUUGAACUCCAUGGGAGUAGAAUGCUCAACACCUUGCAAAACUGGGACCAAAAUAUUGAUAUACAAAGUAGAGUUGGUCAUAUUAUUUGGUUCAUAGAGGUUUGUCAAACAUUUUACAUAAAUAGAACGCCAAGGGCUAAAUCCCAAACAUGUCCAUUAAGAGCCAGAGCAAUUAAAGAAUUAACUCCCAUCAAUCUGAUUGCAAAUAUGCCGGUUAUACUAAUAAACUUUUAAUAAAUCAAAUAUAGCAUACCUGACACGUAAACUAAUGUUGCUUUGCAGGUUUUAUUGAGAUCUUACACAGCUUGAAUUUCCCGUUUUCUUGACCUUUCAAUAGUUUACCUAUUUCCUGUAGCCUCUUCCGCUCUGCUCCUUUGCACCCUGAUAUGGUACUUCCUGUUUAUACUUAAUUUCACUGUGUUUUCUUGUGGUUUUUCUCUUUAUAGACUGAAAACAUUUAAACUAAAGGUUUAAGUCUCAUUUGUCUUUGUUUCCCAGUGUAUUUAUUAGUUCUCACAUGCAGGAGUGGAUUAAUAUUGCACACCAACUGCUAAAUGCUUUGGCUUACUAUAAAUGCAAACUGGCC